AGCAGAAUUCUAGGACGUGUUAAUCACCAUAUUACCAUUGUUUACUAUCAGAAGAAUGUUCAAUAUGAAAUGAAAUCAGAGUGAAAUAUCAGCAGGAGUAAACAGCUCUUACUUUCCAUAUACUAAAUAAUCUAAGGUAUUGUUUCCAUAUUUGUUGAUUGAAAAAUAUUACGUCCGGUUGUGAAACACAAAAUAAAAGAGCUAAAAAGCUUCAGCAAUUAAACUAAUAUCUCAACACACCAAAUUGCUGAAACAUAGAACCAGAAUCUAAGGUUGACAUGAACAGAACCAGCAAGAAAAAAAAGAAUGAAAAUGGUGAUGGCAUUCCUCCUCCUAAGAGAAGAAAACAAGGUAUUAAUUCUUUGUCAAGGGGCUUCACCAAAUUAUGUGAAUGGUUACAAGUUUCCCUCCGUAUAACUGAUAAAACGUUGUCUUUCUUUUUUCCUGCAAGUUAACCGCACAAAUGAAGAACCAGAUCUUAAUGUGCUGCAAGACAUAACAAAUUCGAAUGGGAAUAUAACAAAAGAUGCAAGAAUGCAAAGGCGUCUCAGACUAAUUCAAAAACGUAAAUUUGGUGAUCGAAAUAUUCAAGAGGUUAAUCAAACAGGGAUCUCCAUGAUUCAAUCGCAAAAUGUCCACAAAUUACCAAGUCAAGGCAGUCGAAAUGAAACACAGAAUCAGAAUAUCUCCGUCAUGGAGAAUCAUCCCAUUGAAACGCAAUCUAACCAAACGGCAGGUAACAAAACUAAUUCACUUACUGGAUAAAAAUGUUUAAAAUAGGAGAAACUUACAGACUCACAUAUGUUACGUAGAUUUAAUGGCGUCGACGGUAGAGCAAUCUGGUUAUCCUUCUAAGAAGAGGGCAUGUAGGGAGAAGAGCUCAUCAUUGAUCAGAAAGCAAGAAAGUGUUAAAGGAAAUACUAAGUUCUCAAAUAGACAUGGUGGACAUACUAUUCGGAUGUCUCCCUCGGUUCAGAACAUAACACAAUCAACCCUAUUUGAUAUUGGUAGCCUGAUAAAUCCUACACAGACACUGUGCAGUGAAGGUCCACAUUCCUCAGGUACAACUAAUCUUACAGAUAUACCUGGACCAUCAUCAUCAGCUAUAAGUGUAGACUCCGACUCCUCAGGUCUGUAAUUAAAUAUGUUAAUAUUUUUAGUUUAAAAAAUUGUUUGAAAUACUAUUUAGGCAUUUAGUAAGACAUUGGCAUGGGUUUUCAUAAUUCUCCCGAAAUUUUGGGUGCAGAUAAUGAUGAUGAUUUAUGGGAGUGUUCAAGUGGUGAUGGUGUGGAGACUGGAACAGACUCAGAUACAUGCGAUGAUAACAGCUCAGAAAUUCUAAAACGUCAGGCACAGACGAAAUUUGAGCUUGUGUCUAAAGCUGAGAAGGCUCUAGCAGAAAUGUUUGGUCGGUUACAAAAUAAGAAGACAAAAGUUGCAGAUUCUGCACCAACAGUUUCUACUCAAGAGAAAGGAGAUAGAGGUACGAAAAAUAUGGUUGUUGACCGGACUAGGUUCUACGUUUUCUACGAAUAUGGCUUUGCAAAAAAUAAGGCAAAGUUGAACAACUUAUUAUAUCUAGAUUUUGCAGAUAUGUCUACUCGGUUACAAAAGAAGAAGACAACAGUUACAGUAUGUGCACCUACAGUGUCCACUAAAGAGAAAGGAGAUAAAGGUACGUGCAAUGUAGUUGUUGAUCCGACCAGGUUCAAGCUUUUUUAUUCUAGAUAACAAAAAUAUGAUGGUGAUCUGACUACUAAUUUUUAAACAAUUUUGUAUCUUACAACUUUACUAAUCUUGCUGUUAACUGUAAUUGUUGUAGAUUACAAAGAUGAUGGUGAUCUGACUAAUAAAUGUCCAAAGUGUGGGGCUCUUUUCUGGUACAAUGAACGUGUAAGCAAGAGUAGGAAUGCCAGAAUACCUGUAUACACUAUGUGUUGUAUGCGAGGCAAAAUUCAGCUUCCAGUGCUACAACCACCACCAGAAUUUCUACAGGGUCUGCUUACAAAUGAUGAUCCUAUCAGUAAGCAUUACCAGGACAAUAUCAGGGCUCUAAAUAUGAUGUUUUCUUUUACAUCUCUGGGAGGAAAAAUUGAUAACUCAGUCAAUAUGGGUAAAGGUCCUAAGGUUUUCAAACUUCAUGGAGAGAAUUUUCACUUGAUUGGUAGUGUGAAACCUAAACCUACCGAACCGGCGAAGUUCUCACAGUUAUAUAUUCAUGAUACAGAAAAUGAGGUUCGAAAUAGGAUAUCAGCUUUGAGGUAUGUAAGAUACACGUUCCCGUCACUCUUUUAUACUUUCGUAAUUAGAGUGUGGUUGGCAUGUUAUAAUUACUAAUGUAAUAUGUAAUUUUUCCAUUUCAAACCAGUGGGAAUUCGGAACGAAGCAAGAUAAGAGAAGAUCUGGUUGAGGCGAUAAUGAACAUGCUAAGGGCCUCUAAUGUUCAUGUGAAGACUUUCAGAAAUGCAAAGGACAGAUUUAAUAAUGAAGACGAACGGGAAGAGUUAUCUCUGGUUUUGAUUCACAGUCGACUAAAGGAUGGUCGUGUUUACAAUUUGCCCACUUCUUCUGAAGUAGCUGCAUUAGUGGUUGGAGAUUUUCAGGAAAAUAUGGACAAGCGUGAUAUUAUUUUGGAGAAAAAUUCUGGUAAGCUGAAAAGGAUCAAUGAAUUGCAUCCUUGCUAUCUUCCACUUCAGUAUCCACUCAUUUUUCCAUAUGGAGAAGAUGGCUUUCGCUUAGGUAUCCAACAUGGUUUCACGGGAUUAAAAAAAAAUAGAAAACCCAACAUAAGUAUGAGGGAGUUCUUUGCAUAUCGGAUUAUGGUUCGUGAGGUUGGUUCGCAGGUCCUUCUACUAUCACGCCGUUUACUUCAACAGUUUCUGGUGGAUGCCUAUACUAUGAUCGAGAGCCAUCGUCUUCGAUAUAUUCGGAAAAACCAGUCAAAUCUCCGGACACUGAAAUUUAGCAAGUUUGUUGCUGCUGCAAAUGAUGGCAAUUCUAGCGUGGCUAUAGAAGGUAACCGCAUCAUCAUUCCAUCAUCAUUCACAGGUGGUCCAAGGUAUAUGCAUCAAAUGUAUUUGGAUGCCAUGUCUAUAUGCAAAUACUUUGGAUUUCCAGAUCUUUUUAUAACCUUCACAUGUAACCCUAAGUGGCCCGAGCUAACAAGGUAUUUUAAGAAGUACAACCUCAAGUCUGAGGAUCGACCAGAUUUGUGUUGUAGACUUUUUAAAAUUAAGCUUGACAGCAUGAUGGAUGAUCUUACAAAAAAGCAGCUUCUUGGAAAGACAGUCUCUGGUAUGUCAUUAAUUAAAUUUAAUAUUUUUUUCAUUUCGAAUAUUUAUGCACAGUUUUCUAAAGUACUUGCUGAUUAAGGUUAAGUCCUAUUUAUGUACUUUUAUUGUUCCUAACUUGAUUAAUAUUUUCUGGCAGCUAUCUAUACAAUAGAGUUUCAGAAAAGAGGACUCCCACAUGCUCAUAUUCUAUUGUUCAUGGACUCUAAGCACAAACUUCCAAAUGCUGAAGAUAUUGAUCGCAUCAUAGCAGCUGAAAUCCCUGAUAAAGCCGAAGAACCAAGAUUAUAUGACAUUGUCAAGGACAUGAUGAUUCAUGGUCCAUGUGGGAAGGUUAAUAGAGAUUCUCCAUGUAUGCAAGAUGGGAAGUGUAGCAAAUUUUUUCCUCGAAAACAUGUUGAGAAGACAACUGUGGAUGAACAAGGGUAUCCUGUUUAUAGGAGACGAGAAAAUGGGUGCUCUGUUGAGAAGAAAGGAAUUCCAUGUGAUAAUCGGUUUGUGGUUCCCUACAACAAGGAGCUAUUGCUUGCGUAUAAUGCUCAUAUUAAUGUGGAAUGGUGUAAUCAGUCGCGGUCUAUUAAGUACUUAUUUAAGUACAUUAACAAAGGCCAAGACCGUGUUACAGGAACGGUUACUCAGAAGUGUAAUGUCGAGGCUACUUUGGCAGGAACAUCAACUAACACGGCAGAUGUAGUAGGUGAUACCAGAGCCACAGAAGCUGAUAGGACAGCUGCAGAUGGAGGGGAACCAACUAUUGACGAAAUUAAAAACUAUUUCGAUGCAAGGUAUAUAUUGUUUAUGUUCUAUGUGACUUCUAUAUUGUUUUAUAUAAAAUUUUCUUUAAUUGAAGUCAAUUCCAUUUGUUUAUUUAUAAAUAGAUAUCUAUCUGCUUGCGAAUCGUCAUGGAGGAUUCUAGCAUUCCCAACGCAAUACCGUUCUACACCUGUGGAGAAGCUUACGUUUCAUCUUGAGGGAGAGCAACCAGUAGUCUACAAACAUGGUGAUACUGUCGAAAGUGUAUUGGCUCGAGUGCAGCUUACAAAGACUAUGUUUUUAGCUUGGUUUGAUUGUUGUGAACUAUACCCUGAAGCUAGAGAAAUUACAUAUGUGGAAAUGCCUACCCGAUUUGUCUAUGAUGCUAAGCAAAAGGUUUGGAAUCCAAGAAAGAAAGGUUUUGCUAUUGGAAGGUUAACACCCGUUUCUCCAGGUUCUGGCCCACGUUAUUUUCUGAGGGUUCUUCUUAACAAGGUAAAGGGUCCAAGGUGCUACAAUGAUAUCAAGACGGUUAAAGGGAUAAUCCUACCCAGUUAUGAGGAUGCCUGUUACGAGCUUGGUUUGCUGGAUGACGACAAAGAGUAUAUUGAAGGAUUAAAAGAAUGCAGUUUUUGGGCUUCCAGCGGGUACGUGCGCCACUUAUUUGCAAAGAUGUUGUUAUCUGGGUCUCUAUCUAUGCCGAAAUUAGUAUGGGAAUCAUGCACUGAUAUAUUAUCAGAAGAUGUCCUAUACAUUGAGAGGAAGAAGCGUAAAAAUCCUGGUGAGCUCAAGAAGUAUAUUUUUUUAAAUAUAGAUGAGCAUUUAUUCUGUCUUCUAACAAACUAUUUUUUAUUGGCAUAUCAGGACUCAUUUUGAGUGAGGAAGAAGUGCUGAAUGAAACGUUAGUAUUGAUUGAAAAAAUACUGCGUUCAAAAAAUAGUUCACUGGCUAAGUGGGAGACAAUGCCAAAACCUGUUUUUAUUGAUCAUUCUGUUUAUGACAACAAUCUAUUACAAGAGGAGCUAAACUACGCAAGAGAAGAAUUGCGAGGGCAACAUGACGAGUGGAUUACACAGUUGACUGAUGAGCAAAGGUCUGUUUAUGAUGCAAUUCUAGGAUCGGUUAUGAGUGGUAAAGGUGGAGUCUUUUUUGUCUAUGGGUUUGGAGGAACGGGAAAAACAUUUUUAUGGAAUAUUCUUUCAGCUGCAAUAAGGUCAAAGGGUGAUGUUGUUCUUAAUGUUGCAUCUAGCGGUAUUGCUUCUUUAUUGCUUCCAGGUGGGAGGACCGCUCAUUCAAGGUUUGGUAUUCCUAUAAGUCCAGAUGAGUUCUCCACUUGCAAUAUAGAACCUGGAAGCAAUCAGGCCGAAUUGGUUGCGAAGGCUUCAAUGAUUAUUUGGGACGAAGCCCCUAUGAUGAGCAAACAUUGCUUUGAGGCGUUGGAUCGUACUUUAUGUGACAUUAUGAAGACUACUGAUGGAAGGCCAUUUGGUGGCAAAGUAGUUGUUUUUGGUGGUGAUUUCCGGCAAAUACUACCAGUAAUUCCAAGGGGAAACCGAGCUGAUAUUGUCAUGGCGGCGCUAAACUCUUCUUAUCUAUGGAAGCAUUGCAAAGUGUUACAGCUGACAAAGAAUAUGAGGCUCUUUUCAGAAACAGAUCCUCGAGAAGCUGAGGAGAUUAAAAAAUUUUCCGACUGGAUUUUGGAUGUAGGUGACGGAAAGAUUAACGAGCCAAACAGUGGAGAAACUAUGAUUGAUAUUCCUAAAGAUCUGCUGGUUAUGAAGUGCACUGAUCCUAUUGAAGCUAUCGUCUCUGAAGUAUAUGGCAACACUUUCAAAGAUUCGAAGGAUCCAUUAUUUUUCCAGGAAAGAGCAAUAUUGUGUCCUACGAACGAAGAUGUUGAUGUUAUUAACAACUAUAUGCUUGAUCGUCUAGCAGGUAAUUUUUUAGACGUUGCACACUAUUAAACGUUAGCUAUCAGUUUUGUUGCUACUAUGUUCUUUUAUACUGUGUAUCAUAGGAUUCUUACGACACAUUUUUCUUUAUUAGGUGAGGAGAGGACUUAUUUGAGUUCAGAUAGUAUUGAUCCAGCUGAUUUAAAAUCCAAAGAUGACUCUGUUUUUUCUCCAGAGUUUUUGAAUAGUAUCAAAACAUCAGGAUUACCUAAUCAUGCUCUAAGGCUUAGGAUUGGUACACCAGUUAUGCUGAUUAGAAAUUUGGAUCCCACAGAAGGACAAUGUAAUGGGACAAGGUUGCAGAUUACUGGGCUGGCUAAACAUAUUCUUCAAGCGAAAAUCAUCACUGGAACUCGAGUUGGUGAGACGGUUUUUUACACCGAGUCUUGAUAGAGCCCUCAGAUUCAAAGCUUCCUUUCAAAAUGAGACGUAGGCAAUUUCCCCUGAAAGUGGCCUUUGCUAUGACCAUCAACAAGAGCCAGGGUCAAACACUAUCUAAUGUGGGUUUGUUUCUACCAAGACCUGUUUUUUCACAUGGGCAAUUGUAUGUGGCUGUGUCAAGGGUAAAGUCAAGGAAGGGAUUGAAAAUUCUGAUUACUGAUAAAGACCAAAAACCUCAAGAUUCAACCCUCAAUGUUGUAUUCAAGGAAGUUUUCCAGAAUCUGUUUGAAAACUGCAAUGCAAAAUAGUUUUCGUGGAACUAAGCUAAUGCUUCCAGGUUUUGAAGCAGAGAGUCAUGAAAUCAAUACGUACUAGAAUGAAAUGGCGAGAACGAGCAUGCAGCAAUACUUUUCAGAGAAGAGAAAAUAAGUUUUAUUGUUUCACAUAGCCUACCAGAAAACCUAAUCAAGACAAUAUUGUUUCACUAUCAACAUGGUUCCAUAUUUGGAUUUUAAACUCACCAGUCGUACUAUAGUAGUUUUAUCAUAUUUUCAUUCUGCAUCUACAAUUGAAAAUUUGGAAAACUUACAUGUUUGGCUUAUUUGACACCCUUGGAAUUGUAGACGUUUCACGGUUCUUCUUUUAAAUUUGUUCCAUUAUCUUUUCAUUCCUGUAUAAGAAAAUAUAAUGCAUAGAUAAGUUGGUAUUUAAUAGAUUUUAUAACAGUGAUGACAAUAAAAUACAAGUUUACAUUACAUAUAAUAUGUAAGUGCACUAUAUUUAAAUUCAAAUAGUUUUCUCACUUUUAUUUACAGAGGAAAUUAUUGUUACAAAUUUUGUGAACCCUAAUGAAACUACAUUAUCACGACCAGAGUGUUUUUAGCAUUUUUCAUUGAAAAAUUUUCGACAUCUCCUAUAUAUAUAGUCUGGUCUAUCGGCAUGCAUGCAGCAUAAAAAGUUAUGUUUACUAUAUAUACAGUAUGAUAAUUUUCAACAUACAUGUUUUAAAUUAUUUUAUUGACAUUGAUUGCUUGGUGAGCAAGCCUUCGGCGCUUUUUGUGGAGGACAUGUAUCCUUUUAGCCCUCUAUAUAUAAAACCAGGGUUUUAUUUUUAAAUAUUGGGAAAUACUGUCAGAAAAAAAAACAUAAGCUGUUAGAGUUGACUACUUCAUAAUACAUAAUAUAAAUAUAAAUAUAAAUAUAAAUAUAAAUAUAUGUGAAGUGUAUAAUGUCUUAAUGUAAUUAAACCAUCUGAUGAGUUAGAUACUUAUCAUAUAAGCGAAUUCAGCAAGAUCUCCCUGUAGUAGAAGCAUUUUUUUAUCACAAGGCCGAUCAUUUUGCAUGAUUUACAAUAGUCAAUAGCAAAAAUAUAUUCUUAUUUAAAUUCCGAUAUUAAAUUGAUGCCAAAAGUAAAUGUAAAUUCGAUCAUAUCGCUUUGAUUGUCAAUUUGUACGAUAAAAAAGGCAUUGACAUAUUAUGUUAUGAACCAUUUUAAAGACGAAUAUUUUCAAUCAAUGUCAUUAAACGGAAUUACUAAAAAUAGCUUCACCAAGAUGCUGUGUACUUUAAAAUAUAUAUAUAUAUAUAUAUAUAUAUAUAUGUCACCUAUUCAGACUAACUAACUCAUUAUACUAGAAAAAAAUACCUGAUCUCCAUUCUAAUCUAUUGUAUCUAGCGGAGAUGAUGUCUGUCCAAACUUUGCUGGGUGACUUGAAUCUUGACAUCCGUGAGCCUGCAGUUUGUGUAACCCUCAUAAGCAAAUGGGUCACAAUUACUGGUACAAUGUUAAAGAAAUCAGCCAUGGUUUUGGUUGAUCAGAAAGUAAGGGACGUUGUACUGAUUUUUCUCUCAUAAUAACUAUAAUAUUUAGCUGAAUAUAUUUUUAUUAAAAAGAUUCUUUGUUUGAUUUAUUAUUUUCUAUUAUCUUUUAACAGGGAACUACAAUAGAAGGAACUCUAUAUGAAGAGUUGGAAGCUUCAAAUCAAAUCACCAUGGAUGAAGGUGAUUGGUUUGAAAUUCGAAAUUUCAAAUUGAUCCAUGCUUCCGGUUUGAUACGGUUGAGCACGAACCGAUAUCAUAUUGAAAUGACAAAUUCGUCGGUUAUUUCAAAAAUUCAACCAAAGAUGUUUGGGAACUACUAUUGUUUUGCCCACUUUCUCAACGUCUUACGUGGUCUCUCCCACCCAAUGUACUCUAUAGGUAUACAUGUGUUAUUUUAUAUAAUUUAAGAUAGUUAUUUUUAACAUAUAAGGUUUUGAUACUUACAAUGGUUAAAAAACCAAUGUUACCGUGUUAAUGUUUUAGAUCUUUAUGGAGCUUUGGUCGGGGUAGGGGAACUCCAGGCAUAUGAAGAUGACAUUUAUGGUGGAAUAAGCCAUAAAAUUAAUUUCUCUUUGAUCAAUAUCGGGUGUGUACUUUCUCUAUAUUUAUGUAAAUAUUUCAUUUAUUAAAGCAAUUAGAGCAAUAUAUUGCUUUGUGUUCAGACUAUAUAUUUUUGUCGACAUACAGGUUUGAUGAAAUAAAGUGUGUUGCAUAUGGAGAUAUGGCUAUCGAGUUUUAUCAUUUAUGGAACUCCACUGUUUCGUCUGUAGUUCUAUGUGUCUUGAACUUCUGGCAGAUUGAACGGGCUGAAGGUAAAUAAUAAAAUAGAUUUUCAAGGAUUAAGUUUGUUCCAAAACAAUUACUGUUAGAGUGGCUAAUAAAGGGAUUUUAUAUAUAGGUAGGUUCAAGCAUAUGAGAAACAUUGAGGGGUUCUCAAAAAUUUUGAUUGAACCUGAAAUUACAGAGAUUCAAGCAUUCCGAAUGAGGUACUAACAUCCACCAUUCUUUUACACAAUGGAAAAUGUGAUCGUGUAUACAAUGUAUAGACUUAUUAUGCAUACCGGACGUUUUAUAUGUUACAUUCAGGAUUCCACCAACCCCAUAUUGAAGUCAUAGCAGGUGAUUUGAAGAAAGAUUUCAGCUUCAGUGAAACGAGGCACCUUGAAGUUUUUUUUUGGCAAUAAUUUGUUUCAGUUUUGUUUAUGAUGCUUUUUGCAAUGUUUUCAUUCCAUAUUAUUUAAUAUACUUCAUUUGGCUUUUAUAUUAUGAGUUACUGGGAAGACGGACCUAAAUACAUUUUGGAAAAAUCCAGUGUCCAACACAAUAAAUUACAAAGUACGAAUUUUGGAACUAACCUGAACAUUUGAGUUUAGUUGGAGAUAGAGAGAUUAUCGAGGUCAAAUAUUAUAACACCGAUCUGUGACGCAGACUUGCGCGGAGAAGCUAAUUAGCUAUUCAUCGUCUCGGGGAUGUCGAAGACGGUUACCGGCGCAGAAUGAUUAACAUCAAGGAGAACGGAGCAGACUUCGAAGAAAACAAUUUCAUAUACAUGAACCGUUUGUCUAAGUUUGGCUACACAAAUUCUUUGAUCGUCAAUUAGAAAUCAAACAUGGUGAACCCUAACCCCCUUUUCUGUUUUUUUCGAUGGCAAGAGAAAAGAGUUCUAAUGUUAUCGGUUUGUUAAAAUGAAGAAAUUAGGUAGUGUUUCAACAAAAAAAAGUAAUUAGAUUAAAAUUAAUAAUUAAUAAUGGUCCAUUAGCAUAUAUGAUUUAGAUAAGCCCAUCAAUAUAAGAAUUAAAAUGUUUCAAAAAAAUCCAAAAGAAGCCCAUCGACAAUGGAGUAAUACUAUUCUACCAAAUAUUUAUGAUCCGAUCGGACACUCUCACUCUGCGCUGUAAGGUCCACAUCAUUUAUAUAAAUACAAUACACUUAUUAUUUCUUUACUAUAUUUUUGGUUUUGUCGUAUAUCUUAUGCAUUCUAAGCAAAAUUCUUAAAAUAUUUAAAAAAACCUAUGGAAAAUAGCAAUAUUAUCCAAUAUAUAUGUAAUAUUAUAAAAUUUAAAAAUUAAAACUCAUCCCGCGCAGGGCGCG